GAAGGUUUUGGACCGCAGAGUGGUGAAGGGAAGAGUAGAGUUUCUGCUGAAAUGGAAGGGGUUCUCAGAUGAGGAUAACACAUGGGAGCCUAAAGACAACCUGGACUGCCCCGACCUUAUCACUGAGUACAUGCAGAAACACAAGGAGAAGAAGAAGGAGGAGGAGAAGAAGAAGGAGGGCAAGAGGAAAGUUGUCAGUGAGGCCUCGGGAGACUCAGAGGAGCGAGGGAGCAAGAGGAAGAAGGUGGAGAAACGAAGAGGAGGAGAGGGAUCCAAACGUCAUCACUGUCAACACUGUGACAAAUCCUUCACAACAUCAAAAUAUUUAAAGAUUCAUCAGAGAGUUCACACUGGAGAGAAGCCUUACAGCUGUGAUCAAUGUGGGGCAGCUUUCACACGACAGAAUACCCUAAAAAUACAUCAACGCAUUCACACUGGAGAGAAGCCGUACUGCUGUGAACAAUGUGGGAAAAGUUUUUCUCAGAGUAGUAACCUAGAAAGCCACAGACGUGUUCACACUGGAGAUAAACCGCACAGCUGUGAACAAUGCGGGGCAGCAUUCACACAUUUACCAAACUUAAAAUCCCACCAACGUGUUCACACUGGAGAGAAGCCUUACACCUGUGAUCAAUGUGGUAAAUCGUUUUCUGAGAGUGGGACCCUUAAAAGACAUCAACGCAUUCACACAGGAGAGAAGCCGUACUGGUGUGAACAAUGUGGGGAAACUUUUUGUGAGAGUGGGGCCCUUAAAAAACAUCAACGAAUUCAUACAGGAGAGAAGCCGUACUGGUGUGAACAAUGUGGGGAAACUUUUUGUGAGAGUGGGGCCCUUAAAAGACAUCAACGCAUUCACACAGGAGAGAAGCCGUACUGGUGUCUAUGUGGGAAAACUUUUUCUCAGAGUCGUGACCUUAAAAGACAUCAACGCGUUCACACUGGAGAGAAGCCGUACUGGUGUGAACAGUGUGGGAAAACGUUUUCUCAGAGUAGUAGCCUUAAAAAACACCAGCGCAUUCACUAGGAUUUGGUACCGAACCUGGUACUUUUACCGGUAUCAACCGAAUCACGUUGGUAUUACAGAGUAUUGGUUCACGUAAAAUCAAACGGUGCCAAAUUUCGGUACAGUUCGGUAAUUUGUAAUUACAGAGGGAAAGUACCAAAAAAAGUACCGUUGGCUACCGGAACCAAAUUCCAGGUACCGGUAUCGAUAGUGGUAUUGGUUCAGAUGUGAAAGGUACUCAACCCUAGCAUUCACACUGCCUCGUUGUGAACAUGUUUCAGAGCCAAUCUGUUUCCUCCUGCCUCCUCCUCAUGCCCUGAUAGCUGUGUUGUUAUUUUCUGAUCUUCUCUCCACAUUGAAGGCUGACCAGUAGUAACUUUAUCUUCUGAACAGCAUGGAUGUUAUCCUGGCUAGGACUACACAUUACACUCCCUCCCUUUGAAGGGAUUUAUUCCACUCAAAAUUAGUUUUCCUGUAAUAAAAUAGUCUGAGUUCAGGGUUGGCAGUGAAGGAGAGUUGGUUGUCAUGGGUCAC